CACGUACUGGCGACUGCGUUUCUGGGGAGAGUGAACGGAAGAACCCUAAAAAUCCACAAAUCCCAAUUCAAUGGCGGGUCGUGCAUCCAUGGCCGACCUUUCUCCGAGCUCGUGACCUCCACAGGAAGCUAUUCUUCACUCACUUCCAUGCAUUUCGAAGUUGUCCCACAUCGAAAAAGGCCUACUUGUCCCCUCGGAUUGGCUUCGCAACUUCAGACCUUCACGCCGUUGAUUCGAUUCCACUGAGGUUGGGAAUUUCACUUUACUUCGUCGAUUCGCUGCUACACCUGCCGAAUUCGGGAAAUUCGUUUCCUCGUGGAACCUGUCGGUAUGAUUAUUGUUCGUAGACAGUGCUCUAGGUCUGUUUACUCUGAUUUUGGCGUUUCUACUUAUCUAGCUCGCAUUGGUGAUUCGCUCGAGUGUUCUUUGAAUUCGAAGCACGACAAUGUAAACCCUGGUUGGCGAAGUUGUUUAAACGACUUGUGCGAUGGCUUUAUUCGUAGAGCCCGAACCCCAUUGACAUCCUUCGGAUGCAGAACUAGUUUAAUGAAAAGUUUUGCCACAUCCAACGGAGAGGAUCUCGAUGUCGUGUCAAUGCCUAAUGUUUGCCGGCCAGAGCAAGAGGUGGUGGGUUCUUCUCUGUUGGAAACUUCACCAGUUUACAACGAAGCAGAUGUUGAACAAAUUUGUGUACUUCUGUCAGGAUCCGAAGAUUGGGAUUCGACUCGAGAAGGUUUGGAGAAGUACAAUGUGAACUUCACUAAUGAACUUGUGCUUGAGAUCAUUCGCAGAUGCAAGUUUCACAGUGGCACAGCAUUGCGCUUCUUUGACUGGGUGGGGGAGCGAGAUGGUUACUGUCAUAGCGUGGAGACAUACAACAUGGCCAUGAAGAUCGCAGGAGGCACUAAGGACUUUGAGCGCAUGAGGAGCCUCUUUUACGAAAUGAGAAGGAAGGGUUGCUCGAUAACACCACACACAUGGACCAUCAUGAUAAUGCAGUAUGGAAGGGCGGGCCUGACAAAGAUCGCUCUGGGGAUCUUUGAGGAGAUGAAGGCUAGUGGUUGUGAGCCGAACGGAAGUACUUACAAGUACUUGAUCAUCUCUCUCUGCGGGAGAAAAGGUAGAAAGGUGGAUGAGGCCGUGAAGUUGUUCAGGGAGAUGAUGAAAUCCGAGCACGUCCCAGAUAAGGAAUUCAUUGAAAUCUAUCUAGGUUGUUUAUGUGAAAGCGACAAGUUGUCGCACGCUAGGAAAUGUGUGAAUUUCCUGCGUAAAGUCGGUUUUUCGACUGCACUGAGUUACUCUCUGUACAUUAGAGCGCUUUGCCGAGUGGGUAAGUUGGAAGAAGCAUUGAAAUUGCUGAACAAUGCCGGAGAGGAGCGCGAGACGCUGAAUGAGCAUGUUUAUGGGAGCAUUGUCCAUGGGCUACUCAGAAAGGGGGAUUUGGAGGCGGCAUUGUCUAAAGUGGAUGAAAUGAAGCAGGCGGGAGUCUCUCCUAGUGUUCACGUCUAUACAUCGUUGGCGGUGCAUUAUCUUAAGGAGAAGGAGAUCGAAAAGGCCGAGGAAGUUCUCGAGACGAUGAAACGCGAGGGCUGCAAACCGACAGUUGUUACUUAUUCUGCGCUCAUCCGGGGUUACGUGGGCAUGGGAAAGGUUGACGACGCUUGGAGUGUUUUCAACCAAAUGAAAUCGGAAGGGCCUUCGCCUGAUUUUAGGACUUACUCGAUGUUCUUGAGUUGUCUGUGUAGAAUUGGCCGGUCUGAAGAAGCAUUGGGGCUCAUAUCAGAGAUGUUAGGUGCUAAGAUUGUCCCGAGUAGCGUCAACUUCCGAACCAUUUUUCACGGGUUAAACAGGGAAGGAAAGCAUGAUUUAGCCCGCUUGGUCUCGCAACAGAAGUUAGACUUAGCUAAACAAAGAAAAUCGACGACAUGAUUAUUCCUUUCCAUCUUUGGUGUACAUGAAGAGUUCUCACAAAAGUUGGGGUUGGGGAUUUGAGCAAGUUUUGAUUCCAUUUCACGAGUCAUCGAUUUUGAUCGAUAAAUGCAUAAGCUGAAGCAGAUUCUCACGAAUCAUCUGCUCACACAUCCAAGGUUUAAAUGAAUGGAAAAAAUUGUCAUUUCUGCC